CCAAGGCGGCUGCUCGUGACCUGCCAGGGCGUAGGGAACGGAAAGUGGGAAGUGGCAAGUCGAAUUCAGUUCGCCAUGGGGUUGUUUGGAAAAACCCAGGAGAAGCCGCCGAAAGAGCUGAUAUCCAAAGGGAAGAGGAGAAAGUAAAACGAUCUGUAAAAGAUGCUGCCAAGAAGGGCCAGAAGGAUGUCUGUGUGGUUCUGGCCAAGGAGAUGAUCAGGUCAAGAAAGGCUGUGAGCAAGCUCUACGCAUCCCGAGCCCACAUGAACUCCGCGCUCAUGGGGAUGAAGAACCAGCUUGCGGUCCUGCGAGUGGCUGGCUCCCUGCAGAAGAGCACAGAAGUGAUGAAAGCCAUGCAGAGUCUCGUGAAGAUCCCAGAAAUCCAGGCCACCAUGCGGGAGCUGUCCAAAGAGAUGAUGAAGGCUGGGGUCAUAGAAGAGAUGUUAGAGGACACAUUUGAAAGCAUGGACAAUCAGGAAGAAAUGGAAGAAGAGGCCGAAAUGGAGAUUGACAAGAUUCUGUUUGAAAUUACAGCAGAGACCUUGGGCAAAGCACCCAGUAAAGUGACUGACGCCCUUCCAGAUCCUGAACCUCCAGGAGCAAUGGCUGCCUCAGAAGAUGAGGAGGGGGAUGAAGCCCUGGAUGCCAUGCAGACCCGGCUGGCCACCCUCCGCAGCUAAGGGUGCCCAGCUGUCCCGCUGUGUUCUCAUACACUCCUUAGAAGAAGCUGCCAUUUUCUGUAUCUCUUGCACUACACCUCUGUCAUGAGGCUCUGCAUUUUGGGGAAGGUUUUCUGCUCAUCUCUUCAUUCUCUGCAGAG